UUCCGAGUUUCGUCAGUCUUGCGUCCGUAAAGAUCCUGCUUGCACAGCCACCAAAAAAUGAGCAUCAAGAAGGCAAGAAGGAACGAGCAUCCACUGCAGCGACCGCAUCCCUCUCAGUUGUAAUUCUCUUUUGCAUACGUGAAUGUAUCUACUGGCUAGAACAAGAUAAAGGAGGCUAAGAAGCAGACAAGCACAAGAUGAAACCCCAGGACCAGCAAGGCGGCGGCUCUCGUGCUGCCAAAAAGAGGGCCAAGAAAAAGAAAAAGAACAAGCAACCGCAACCGUCGAACGAGGAAGAUCGGAAGGAAUUGGUGGAAACUACUAAAUCCAAAUCCGAGAGCAAGAAGCGUCCCUUGGAAGAAAAAGACGUUGCUGGACACAGUGCCAAAAACAAGAGCAGCAAGAAAGAUAAUGCCGAAAAGAAAAAGGCCAAUGGAGGAGGAGGUAUUCUCAAGAAACCCAAGUAUUCCUCGGAGGGAGCGUCGACCAAAAACUCCAAUACUGCUGAGGAGGAUCAACUUGAGGAUACAGAGGAAAAUAAUAUGCAGGAAGAAGAGCUGCAAAAUCUGGAUGCACAGGAUUUAGAUGUGCUUCUGCCACAAGAAAUUCAGGAACUGAUCACGUCAGAUAAGUUCAGUCUCCAAGAUCUCCUACUGCUACCAUCCGACAAAAAGAAGAAACAAUCUACCACUAGCAAAUCAGCCCAAAAAUCCAACAAGGACGUGGAAAAAAUGGUGGAUGAAGAUAACAGUGUUCAAAAUCCCUUUCAAGAACUCACUUCCAAGCAACGAGCUAGAUGUGCAUUGAAUAUCCUCCUGGCUCCUUCCAAUAUAUGCGCCGAAGAGUUCUACGAGGAAUAUUGGGAAAAGAAGGCACUUUGUGUACAAGUGCAGAAGGACAAAAACAAAAAGCACCACAAACAUCGAUUUGAUGGGUUUCUCUCCUUGAAAUCCAUCCGUCAAUGGACUGAAAGGCAUACCUUACACUAUGGGCGAGACUUGAAUGUGACACGGUACCACACCCUCACUCCGGGACAGCCCAAACGACGCGCCAACAUUGAUCCUCCUCCAUAUCAAGACAACAAAACCGGUGAAACCAAAUAUGUGCAAGCCGACUCGAGCUUUGUCUGGGAACAAUACGAUGAAAAAAAGGCCACGGUUCGACUCUUAUGUCCCCACAAACACAAUGAUACUAUUCAUUCCUUGCUCAGUUUGUUCGAAUUGGAAUGGGGUUGCAUGGUAGGAGCCAAUGCCUACUUGACACCGCCCGGUGGAUCGCAAGGAUUUGCCCCGCAUUAUGAUGACAUUGAAGCCUUUUGUCUUCAGUUGGAAGGACGCAAACGAUGGAAAGUGUACGCACCCCCCAAAGAAGCACGACUUCCUCGUGUCAGCUCGGAAGAUUUCACGGAUGAGGACAUGAUGGAACAGGAACCCGUCUUGGAUGUAGUCCUGGAACCGGGGGAUUUCUUGUACAUGCCCCGUGGAUGGGUUCAUCAAGGCAUCACCUUGCCUGGAAAUGAACACUCUUUGCACUUGACCAUGAGUGCCAUGCAACAAUGGGCGUGGGUGGAUUAUCUAGAAUUGCUAAUGCCAGAAGCUCUCGAGGCAGCUGCCAACAGCGAGACAUCCAUCAGUCUUCGCAAGGGAUUGCCGCGCAAUUUUCUGGACUAUAUGGGAGCCAUGUACGAUCAGCGAGACGAUGAUUUGUUGCCAGAUAAACUUAAGGAAGGAGGAAAGAACAAAGAGGGAGAAAAAGAGGGCAAUGACAACGACAACGACGAGGGCGAUGGCGAUGGCGCAAAAGAGGAUUAUGAGGAAGCACAAAGGCAACGUCUCGCACUCAUGCAGGAAAACUUUAGAGAGGAAGCCAAGAAGCGCAUUAUGCGCGUUGCCAAAGAGGCGAUGGAUAUGGUGGAUGCCGCUUGCGAUCAGAUUGGCAAACGAUUCUUGUCGGAUCGCCUUCCUCCAGGCUUGACAGCAGAAGAGCUCGCUGGCACAACCGAGGGCCAAAAGGAUGCCAAGAUCUGGCCCACAACGUUGUGUCGCUUGUCACGCCCAGGCAUUGCACGGUUGGUAUUGGAAGAUGGAAAGGCCGUUCUCUAUCAUUGUGCCGACAACUCGCGUGUAUUCCACGAACGCGCAUUGGAGCCGAUGGAAUUUGAAGUGGAUGAUGCACCAGCACUAGAACAGCUAAUCACAACUGUAGAGCCAGAGUGGAUUCCCGUGUCUGACUUGAUCCAUGAGGGAAUGGGGGACAAGAUUGCAAUCGCUCAGGCACUGUACGAUGAAGGCAUACUGGCAAUCGUCAACCCCGAAGGAGGCCUAGCCUGAUGCAACAAGUUCUUUGAGCAUUGAACACCAGAGCAGGUCCUACUGCUUCAAUAGGCAACUACCGGAUGCCCCCGCCUGGUUCAUGACGAUCCGCAUCGACAUCAAUAAAACUGAAUAGCAUGCAGUAAUCUUUGUAACUACUGGUACUACUGUAUGACAUCCAUGAAACAAAUGAAAGUUGCACUGGGGAGUAGGCCCUGUUAGUGACGGUGCGAACAGUAUCCUCAGAGACCUGGAGGAGGAAUAUGAGCGUGGCGGGUAGCCAUAAAAUCAAAUCGCUGCUCUUGCCGGGUAUGUAUGCGUUCCAACACUCAGAUAAUCAUCGAUUGCGGGAGACGCCGCAGAGGGGAACUCGUGCUUUUGCAGCUCCUCGAAUGCCUUUCUUGCUUUCUUGCUUGAUACACUUCCUUUUAGUGCAGAGUCCUUGGCGGCCAGGUUUUGAUGGACGUUAUGAAGGGGGAAACUUGGCAGGCAAUGCCUUCGGUCGUGAAUACAACUGGCAAGAGAGCCGUGUUGCAAUAUUUCGCCUACGAGAGGAGCGGGAUCUUCAUUCCGUGUCAAACAUAUUGUAGUGUUCUAGCAGUUCUGUGGAAAUCAUGGAAAACAGUUGAUCUUGCACCAGUGCCAUCUUCAAAACGGCCUGAUGUCUCUUGAAGAGUUUUCACCCGACGAGCCGAUUUGCAAAAACAAUGGUGCUCUUCCCAGUACUUUUUGAGCACCUUGCAUUCAACCUGUAUCCGUGUGAACGACUAUUCUUA